ACGGAGGUGGAGAGAUGAGGGCGCAGUCGGGAUGGAAGAGGACGAGAUGAGUAGCGAGCCCGCUCUCGAACCAUGGAAAUUGUGCUGCUGUGCAGCCCUCGCGUUUUUGGAAUAAGGACUUAAAAUACAUAUUGCCACGUCUCUCUCUCUCUCCUUUUCCCGAGGAGACUUGCACGCAGGAUGUGGAAUAUCGCAGGUGAGGAGAGAAGAAAAACACCACUUGAUGUUGAUAUAAUUUGUAAAAUGUCCUGAUGGGAUAUUUUUAUAUAUUAUUUCCUCAUAGUCAAGUCAUAGCUUGUAUGCUGAGAAGGAACGAUAAUAAACUCAAAAUGAAUUUCUUUAAUAGCUCUAACCUGGAGGAAGGGAUACAGGCUGAAAACAUGUCCUCUAAUUCCACUUCUCAGAGCCAGUACACCCAGCUCGCUAUAUGGGGUCUGGCCGGACUUGUCAGCUUUCUGAUUUUGUUUACAAUAGUCGGGAACGUCUUGGUUGUCAUCGCCGUUUUAACGAGCAGAGCACUGAAACCACCCCAGAAUCUUUUUCUCGUCUCCCUGGCCAGUGCGGACAUACUGGUGGCCACCCUAGUCAUGCCCUUUUCUCUGGCAAAUGAACUCAUGGGCUACUGGUUUUUUGGCAAAAUCUGGUGUGACAUCUACCUGGCUCUGGACGUUUUAUUCUGCACCUCUUCUAUUGUUCACCUGUGCGCUAUUAGUUUGGACAGAUACUGGUCGGUUACACAGGCUGUAGAGUACAACUUAAAGAGAACACCUAAAAGAGUUAAAGGGAUGAUUGUGGUGGUGUGGUUGAUCUCAGCCGUCAUCUCCUUCCCACCACUCAUAUCAAUGGACAGGAGUAGCAAUGAGGCCAGUCCCCAGUGUAUCCUGAAUGAUGAGACUUGGUACAUCCUCUACUCCAGCAUUGGAUCAUUCUUUGCCCCAUGUGUUAUCAUGAUCCUGGUAUAUAUCCGGAUCUAUCAGGUGGCAAAGACCAGGACCAGAACAAUGUCAGAGAAGAAGAGGGAUGUGGACUCCCCGCUGGAGAAUGGGAUGGACCAAGCGGAACCAGGCGGGUCAUUAAAGUCCAGCAGGGGCGGAAGCAUGAAAGACAAGGAACGUGAAAAUGGGCACUGUCAGGAGCAGUCAGCUCAAUCCCCUCUACCAAACGAGCCCAAACAUGCGUUGACAGACCGCGACGAGGACUUCGACGAUAGCAGCUCAUCAGACGAGAAACCUAAGAAAAGUUCUAAUUCGUCUAGACAUCACCACGAUGACAAGAAGGACAGGAAGUCCAGUCGGAAGAGCAGCUCCGCCUCUAAAUACUCCAGCAGAAAGUCGCGUGCCAGUUCCAAGUCCAUGGAGCUAUUCUCGUCUCGUCGCAAACGUCGGAGCACCGUAAAUCGGAAGAAAGUCUCUGCCGCUAGGGAAAAGCGAUUCACCUUUGUCCUUGCUGUCGUCAUGGGUGUAUUUGUCGUGUGCUGGUUCCCCUUCUUUUUUUCCUACAGCCUGUAUGGCAUCUGCCGGGAGCCAUGCCAGAUCCCAGAGACCCUGUUCAAAUUCUUUUUCUGGAUUGGCUACUGUAACAGCUCCCUUAACCCGGUCAUCUACACCAUCUUCAACCAGGACUUCCGCAGAGCAUUCCAGAAGAUCCUCUGUAAGUCAUGGAAACGCUCUUUCUGAAGGGGGUCCUGCACAGCUGGAUUUCUAACAGACACCUUCUCCCUGCAGACAAACAUUUGACAAACUGCACUGAGCUGUAUAAUAACGUGUUGGCCUGGGGGGCUUCCACACCUUUACUUUCAGGGAUUACUCUUGAAAUAAAAGGGAUGCCUAAUGGAUCAAGGCACUGAAGGUACAGUAAUGGUGUUUAAAGAACAAGGCUAAGCGUUCUGAUCAUUUUCAUAGAGGAAGCUUUCAUCUAAUGCCAUUCAGGCUGCUUUUGGACUCUGAUGUGGGCUUCGCCUCAUUCCCCCUCCUCACUGACUCAUCCCUUAAUUUAAAUACAAUAACAGUUAACUGCGAUGCAUGCACACCAGUGGCUGCACUGGAGUUUGCACAGGAGGCGAAAGGUUUACAGAGCAAAUUGAUUUGUAAUGCAAUCUCAUUUACUCAAUAAAAUGCGAAGGCCUUGACAAUCUCCACACAACCAUCAUUUGUGACAUGGGAUAGUGGGAUCACUCUUUUCUCUCUGUCUCCUACUCACUUUUUCUCUACUUUUCUAUUAUGUCACACUCUCAAUGUGGACCAAUGGGAUGAAGGGGCUCCUUGCUUACUGUUUCAGUAGCAAAUCUGUUUCACAAAAAAAAGGAAAGGAAAAAAAAUAUAAAUUUUCAAAAGCCACAAAGUUAUAUUUCUGAUUCAGUGUUCUGUAUGAGGCUCAAAAGUGUCUCAACUGGGAACUGUAAGGGGAACUUUCCAUUACAAGUGUAAUUUUGUAAUUCUUUUGUAGACUUGAAAUUUUUCUGGAUACCAUGGCAUGUACAAUAGAGUGCUGUCUCUGAAACUUUCCUCUCUAAGGCAUGUGAUUGCACCUUCCUCUCUCCUCUGAGAAAAUAUAUGGAAUACAGAAGUACUGCUGGGACACAUGGUCACCCUCUGAGACUGUUUGUGUGUGUGUGUGUGUGUGUGUGUGCGUGCGUGCGUGGGUGUGUGCACGCGCGGUGAGUAUGUAUAAAAGCCUGCUUUCUCAAAUGGCCUUAUUCUCUCUGGUCAACUGUCUUUCUAUUCUCCUCCAUCUUAUUCUCUGUCACGCGUCCUCUCUCUCCCUUAGGCACUUAGCCACAGUAAAAAACCAAACACUG